GACAUGAAAGUGGAAUGAGAGAGACAGAGACAGACACGCAGAGAGAGAGAGAGAGAGAGAGAGAGGGGAGGGUUGGAUUGGGUCUGAGUACUGACAAAGCCACCACCGGGUCCGCCACCACCACCACCACCACCUCGGUUAAAAACCACCCGCACGCGCCACCCUGACGCCGCCUUGGUCUCCGCCCCUCUCAUCCACCGAGAUUUCUCAGUCCCUACACCUAAACCUGGUCCAUAUCCUCUAUGCACAUCGCCUGCAACACAUACCUCGUCACAAACGAAUCAAACACCAUCUCCUCGUCUUUCUUUCUUCCUUCUUCUUCUUCUUCUCUCUCUCUCUCUCCCUCCCUCUUUGCCUUGAGAUAGCGGGUGAAUUUUUGUUUGGAUUCUUUCUUUUUCGCGUCUUUGAGGCGGUGUCUUGUUCUUGACUCAGUCUUCAGCUUUGCUCAGGUGUUUAGGGUUUCCUUAUUUUGUAGCUUAUACAGAGAGAGAGAGAGGGCUCUUCACUCUUUCAUUCACUCGCGACUCACAGCUUUUCAAGACACAAAUCUCGCUGUUCUUCUUUGGCCACGUCAGACACCUUCUCGCUGAAAGUCAGAUUCUCUCAAGAAGUUGAAGGAAGAAAAACAAGACAUUUCGUACGAAAUUCUUCAUCAGCUGACACGUUGAUCUUCAUCUUCAUCUUCAGCUAUAAAAGGAGAACCCCAUAGCCCAACUCUGAAAAAGAAUCGAAGAGAGACAGAGAGAGAGACGAUCACGGGAAACGCAUGGAGCAAGAGAGCAAGCAACCGCCGCCGGACCGGAGGCCGACGUCGAGGCCGGCCCAAUCGGACGGCCAGCAACAGCCGCCGCCGCACCACCAGCCCCAGAAGUGCCCUCGCUGUGACUCCAUGAACACCAAGUUCUGCUACUACAACAACUACAGCCUCUCCCAGCCCCGCUACUUUUGCAAGACCUGCCGACGCUACUGGACCCACGGCGGAACCCUCAGGAACGUCCCCGUCGGCGGCGGCUGCCGGAAGGCCAAGCGCUCCAAGGCCUCCUCCUCCUCCUCCGCCUCCGCAUCCGCCUCCGCCUCCUCCGGCGACAGCCUCACCCCACACUCAUCCCUGCAGGUCCUGCCUCAAAGCCUCAGGGACGUUGCCGCAGGGAACCUGGCUCCGCCACCAGCCGCGGCGGGUGGGGAGGGCCAUCUGGGUUACUCGUUCUAUGCGGGAGGUGGGUUCUUGUCCUCUUUGGCUGCUGUUCAGUCCAUCAACCAGAACCAGCCCUUCAACAUCGGGGGUGCUACAACAAGCAAUAACAACAACAAUAUGGGCUUUUUUCAAGGGUUUGGAGGUUUGGCUUCCUUAAGCAGCUCUCACCACCAGCAGAUUCAGCAGCAAGCACAGUUUCUUCAGAGUGAUUGGAGUCACGGCUUCGGCAUGAGCAGUAAUGCUAAUACCAGUAGUAGUAACAGUAAUAAUAAUAGCCCUAGUGUUUCCCAUGUACAUCAUCACCAUGGUAACUUGUGGAGUGGAAGCACAAGUGCUGGUAUUAGUGGUCAUGGCGGUGGCGAGAGUAAUAGAAAUGGCCUGAAUGUUAACCACCCAUCUGAUCAUCAUCAAUUGCCCCAUCUUCCAGGAUUUGGCCCUCCGCCAUGAGCUCUUACUUCAUAUGAUCAGAUGUUUCUGUGGUUCAAUAUCGAAAGUUUGGAAUUAGCUUCUUGACGACGACGACUUUUUAGGUUAUAAGAUUCUUUGUCAAAUUUUUCCCAUACAAUACACUGGUGGUGCUGGGUUUAGUUUUGUGGGAUACAAAUGAGGAAUUUUAUGAAAUAUUAUUAUGGUCUUGGAGGGUUUUCGUUUUUAUGGCAUUGGUAUAUGGAUUCAUGUAAUUAAGUUGGGGGGGAAUAUGAUUUAAGCGACUAUGGAGAGAAUUUGUUCUUUGGA